UCUAAGCUUAGGAACAAAAGGUAAACCACCAAAUGGGGACUCUUGGUAAGGUGAGGCUAAGGCCUCCCCAAGUCCUUGCCAUAGCCAUCUGCUUGAUUGCAACCUUUGUAGAGGCCAGUGAAAAGCCUUACAUUUAUGCUUCUCCUCCUCCUCCUCCUCCUCCAUAUCACUACAAAUCGCCCCCACCUCCUUCCGAGUCACCUCCUCCCCCUUAUCAUUACAAAUCAUCACCGCCACCACCCUCACAUUCUGCACCUCCGGCAGUGCAAUUUCUCCUUGCCACCCUCCGGUUCGCUCCUCCUCACCACCUUUACCACUACAAAUCCCCACCACCUCUAGUGCACUCUCCUCCACCGCCUUACCGCUACAAAUCCCCACCUCCUCCCACACAAUCCCCUCCACCGCCUUACCGCUACAAAUCCCCACCUCCUCUCGCACGCUCCCCUCCACCGAUUUAUCACUAUAAAUCCCCACCUCCUCCCGCACACUUGCCUCGUCCACCAUAUCACUACAAAUCCCCACCACCUCCAGUACAUUCACCUCCACAUCCAUACCAUUAUAAAUCCCCACCUCCUCCAGUACACUCCCCUCCACCGUCUUACCACUACAAAUCCCCACCUCCGCCCGCGUACCCCCCUCCACCGCCUUACCACUACAAAUCCCCACCUCCUCCUGCACACUCGCCUCCACCGCCUUACCACUACAAAUCCCCUCCUCCUCCCGCACACUCCCCUCCACCGCCUUAUCACUAUAAAUCCCCACCUCCUCCCGCACACUCCCCUCCUCCACCAUAUCACUACAAAUCCCCACCACCUCCAGUACAUCUACCUCCACCGCCACCACCAUACCAUUAUAAGUCACCACCUCCACCAUCUCCUUCACCGCCUCCACCAUAUCAUUAUAAGUCUCCACCACCACCAUCCCCAUCUCCACCACUGCCUUACCACUAUAGGUCUCCUCCGCCGUCAUCUCCUUCACCACCACCUCCAUAUCUUUAUAAGUUUCCACCACCACCAUCAGCUUCACCUCCUCUUACUUACUAUUAUAAUUCUCCACCUCCUCCAGCACACUAUUGA